UGUCAGACUUUUAGCCAGAAUAAAACCAGCCCACAACCUAUUUUCACCUUUUUUUUUAAAUUUCAACCAAAUUAUGCUUUUUAAUACUCAUAUUAUUAUUAUUCAAUCGAUUCCACUUCUCUAUUAAUAACAACCAAACAACACCACACACACCAAACAAAAAGAAUAUGGGUACUUUUCCUCACUACGAAGGCAAUCCCACUUUAUUAUUUCAUUUAAUUGACCCAGCUGAAAUGCAAUAUUACUUGACCGACAAAAGUCUAGCUCCUCUUAGAAAAGUUCCUGUCUGUAUUGCUGCUGCUGUAUAUAGAAUAUCUGCAGGCAAUUGCAUGCCAUACACUGGAACAGGCAAUAGCGACCAACCGGCGCUCCCAUUUAACGCCUACCAAAGAAACGAAUCACCAUGGGACUCAUACCGACAACGCACCAAAAAGCUCGAAGACUCCUCUUCCAGCUGUUCCACAUUGGAAUCCACAUGUUCAUCCCGUUCUGAUUCUCCUGAACCCAAACAUCAUCACCAACACAGUGGGAAAAAGCAUCAGCAUCGCAUGCUCUUGCGUGAAAUACGUCGUUUACGAGGCGAAAACGAAUUCCUGCGCUCCACCGUUUCGGUUCUGAAGGACGAUUUGCGUGAUUCUCACUUGUCUCGUCAGAACGCUGAUAUCAUCCAUCAACGCACAUUUGAAGAAUACGAUGCCAGAUACAAAUCGUUGGAACAGGACAUGGUGCAAAAAUGUGACCAAGUAGAGCUCCUCAAGGAGCAAAUCGAACAACUUCAAUUAGCCGCCUGUAGUCGUAGUAGUAGCGAUAUUAAAGAUGACAUGGCAGCAGGUCGCACUCAGCAAAAUGAUAAUGCUGCUUAUAUCAAACACAAGAACACAAAUAACUUUGGCUGCUUUGAAUUCGAAGAAGACGACGAAGGUAUGGCAUGUCAACCCUUGGCACAAGAAUCGGCGUUACCUGAAGUUGAAAUCAAAAUGGACGAAUUAAAAACCGAUGAUGAAGAUUGCAUGGAUUAUCUUCAAAGACGCUUCCACCAGACCAGCGACGAUGAAGAUGUGGAAGAUGACGAGGAAGAAGAAGAGGAAGAGGAUGUGGCGGAUUUGGAUUUAGAACCAUUCGAGGAAGCAGCGUCUUCUUACAUCCGUCAAGCAAUCAUUGCCAAAUUAUCCAGUGCCAGGGUGAGACUGGAUUUCGAUGACUUGAUUGUGAAGCAUGAACCCUCCAACGAUACCAUUAUGGCCGUGCUGGCAGAUGCAUUUGUCUAUUGGCUCUAUACACAAUGGACGAAAUGCGUAGAUACCAUGUCAUCCCAAAAGAUCUUUCAGAAUCAAAUCCAACCAGGCAUCGAUUUCUUCUGGAAAUCCAUCUUGCAAUGCUAUACCGUGGAUGAGGAGUGUCAAAUCAGUUUACUACAUUACAUUGAAGAUGGUGUGAAAUCCGUGGGCUGUCCACCUUUGGUUAAUCAUUUUGAUCGCAUCAUCAUCUUUUUAUAUAAAUAUGAGGUCAUUGAAGAAGAUGCAGUGGUGGAUUGGCAUGCAAGCCCUGUGAAUGAUGAACAAUCCAGAAACAUUCGAUUAGUUUCCAAACACUUCAUUGAAUACAUUGAAGAAGAAGAAGACUCUGAUGAAGAUGAUUCUGAUGAAGAAGAAGAUGAUGAUAGCAUUGACUUUGAAUGUGAUGAUUCCCAACAUUCCAAUGAAGACGAUGGCAUCAACUUCGGCUUUGAUGACUCUGAGGAAGAAGAGGAUGGAGAGAUGCAUGAUAGCAUUGAAGACUUGUUAUCCGUCAAGGAACGCAACCCAUGUGUUUGUCAAUUUGAUUACGAUGAUGAUACCAGCCAAACUCCAUUAUCACCCAACUCUCACAAGAGUCACCCUAAGCAUGAACUACCCGAGUGCUCAUGCGAUAGUACAUACACCACUCAACCUGCAACAGAGAAAAAGAAGAAAUCUGUCCGUAUCGCCAUGUAAAUAUUUUCUCUCCUUAUAUAAUCUUUUUUUUUUUUUAUCUUUCCACAUACAACCCCCCUUUAUCUAGAAAGUACUCCCACCCCUUACAUAUCAAAAUUGUUUACUGUAUAAUCGAUAAUUUUUUUAUUAUAAAAUCUGUUUAUUUUAGUCCUUUCACUUCUUAGUUUCCCCCACAACUCGGAUAUCCCCUUCUAGUUUAAGAUCAUUUGAUCAGCCUUGUUACAAGCAAGAAAGUUGUGUGCAUAAAAUAAAACAAAUGAAUUCAAAGAAACACAUACAUUUAAAGUGGAAAUAAUGCUGUUCAUUAAGUCUUCAAAGAAAGUCCUUAAAAUG